GAAAGGGCGGCGUGGGAGGCGCCUGGGGAGCAGGCAGCCGGCUCGGUCCCGCUCGGCACGGCACGGCUGCGGCGAUGCCACGGGCGAGCAGCCCCACGAGGACCGCGGGCACGGCGGUGCUGGCGCUGCUGGCACUGCUGGCCCUGGGCAGCGGGCAGCACUACGACUACUACGGCUGGCAGCCCGAGAGCGUGCCCCGCGGGCGCUUCUACGGCAGGGAGCCGCAGUGCGUGGACAUCCCGGCCGACAUGCAGCUCUGCUACGACGUGGGCUACAAGCGCAUGCGGCUGCCCAACCUGCUGGAGCACGAGUCCAUGGCCGAGGCCAAGCAGCAGGCCAGCAGCUGGGUGCCCCUGCUCGCCAAGCAGUGCCACACCGACACCCAGCUCUUCCUCUGCUCCCUCUUCGCCCCCGUCUGCCUCGACCGGCCCGUCUACCCGUGCCGCUCGCUCUGCGAGGUGGUGCGCGACUCCUGCGCCCCCGUCAUGGAGUCCUACGGCUUCCCCUGGCCCGAGAUGCUGCACUGCGCCAAGUUCCCCUCCGACCACGACCUCUGCAUCGCCGUCCAGUUCGGGAACAGCCAGGCCACCCCGCCGCCAGUGUCCAGGAUCUGCACGCAGUGCGAGAUGGAGCACAAGGCGGACGGCAUGAUGCAGCAGAUGUGCUCCAGCGACUUCGUGGUGAAGAUGCGCAUCAAGGAGGUGACGGAGGAGAACGGGGAGCGGCGCCUGGUGGCCGCCCAGAAGAAGAAGGUGCUGAAGCUGGGCCCCCUCAAGCGCAAGGACACCAAGAAGCUGGUGCUGCACAUGAGGAACGCGGGCUCCUGCCCCUGUCCCCAGCUCGACAGCCUCAGCGGCAGCUUCCUGGUGAUGGGCCGCAAGGUGGGCGGCCGCCUGCUCCUCCUCGCCAUCUACCCCUGGCAGAAGCACAACAAGGAGAUGAAGUUCGCCGUCAAGUUCAUGUUCUCCUACCCUUGCCCCCUCUACCACCCCCUGCUCUACGGGGCCGGGCAGCGCUAGGGCUCUGCCCCGGGACUCCUGCACUCGCCCUGCUCCGCACCCUUGGUGGCACCCCAGGACCCCGGAGAUUCCCAGCUGCAUUCAAGGGAGCCUCGAUCUGCACCCAGGACCCCUGUCCCCUCCUGAACCCCCAGCUCUGCACCCCCAGGACCCCUGCCUGCGCAUACAGCCCCUGCUUCUCCCUUGGCUGCCCCAAGACCUCAACCCUGCACCCCCUGCCCAGCUCCUAAUUACGUGACUCAGACCCUCAGCCUCCCCAAAUCCCUCCUCCAGCCCCCCAGAGCAUCCCCAUGCCGUGUUCCCUCCUGCAGAGCUCGUGCC